AUGGCGUCUGACAGAUGUGGAUAUUAUAUCAAAAAUAAGCAGAGAUACUGCCGUCAGCUGGUUGUUCAGGGUUCGAAUCAUUGUUACACUCAUACAAGUGAAACUUCAACAGAUAAGGUAGCUUGUCCUCUGGAUCCAAAACACUUCGUCAAUCGUUCAAAUCUUGAAGGACACUUGAAAAAAUGCAAUGCAAGUCGCAAAGUUGAAGCUACUUAUGAAGUACGUGGAAUUAAUUCCAGUGGUUUAGGUUCCUAUGCACCCGUUUCGACAGUGACAUUAGCUUCUGCGUCUCCAUCAGCUGUGUUGAAGUUAAUAGUACGUUUGGAGAAAUUAAAUGCAGAAUUGAAUCUACUUGGUCAAGUGAAUGAUCUGUCAGAUGGUGAUAUUCAUCCCUUAGUUGCUUUCACACUGAAUAAUCAUCGUCAUUGGUGUUCUAAUGGUUUUCCAGGUUUUAAAGAGAUCCCUUCUUUCACACAGACUGAUAAUACAUUGUCGGAUAAAGGCAAUAAUGAAGUUGAUAACAUUAACAGCCUAGAUGAAGAUAACUUUCGUGUGGAUCCGCAAACUGUAGUCCGUGGAUCAAUGCGUCAUGUCUAUCAAAAUGGAUGUUUGAUUCGUGUAUUAGAAAAAGAAGGCCUGCUGUCAACGAAUAGUUUAUAUGUUGAAUUUGGUGCUGGUCGCGCUGGACUGUCUCAUUGGAUUAACAACUGUUUAGCAUCUACUGAAUUAGGUCAACGUUGUUAUGAUCAUUAUCCAGGUGUAUGGCCAGUUAAAGCGCCUGAAACUAAUUUUCUAGUUGUAGAGUUAUGUUCCAUUCGUGAUAAGAUGGAUAGACGUCAACGCGGUGAAGGAAAUUUUACACGCCUUAGAAUUAAUAUAGCUGACUUGGAUCUAACUCGUGUACAACUCAUACAAGAGAAUAAAAGACCAGUGAUUGCUGUGGCGAAACACUUGUGCGGUGAUGCUACAGAUUUAUCACUUCGAUGUCUCAAAAAUGGUGGAAAUAUAAUUGACUUGUCGGGAAUAAUGUUUGCUGUAUGCUGUCACCACAAGUGUUCAUGGAAUGAAACGGCUGGUCGUUAUUGGUUAGAACAAGUGGCCAAUAUAACAUCUGAUGAAUUUUCACUUAUUACUUCAUUAGCUUCAUGGGCAGUUUGUGGAUUCCAGCGGAAAUCAUCUCAUUGUUUCGAUGCCUGUACUGAUAAUGCUGAUGUGAGGUGUAAAGAGGCCUUACAAAGUGGCAAUGAAGAUGAAUGUCUUACAGUACUUCGCAGUCUAGAUGUCAACUACAAAAUGAGAAUCGGUAAAAUAUCCAAACAUCUAAUUGAUUGGGGUCGUCUUAUGUAUAUUAAACAUGAAUUGAAAUUUCCUGAUGCUCAUUUUGUAUCUUAUGCAAAAUCUGAAGUUACUCCUGAAAACAUUGUAAUCUGUGCUAGCAGACUAACAAAAUCUUGUUGUGAUUAA